AUCUGGUUGUGUAGUGUCAAAACAGUGACAUGAGAAACAUGAAGUGGUGGUUCUGGUCGACGACAGUGUUCUGCUGUCAUUUUGUGACUCUGCAAAACGUAGUGUUUCGCGCUGGCCGUUGCGUGACUUGCCGGGAUCCCGGAGACCUCAUCGAUUCCAAGCGACGCCUGUCCGUUUCGGCCUACGACAUGUCGGAGAAACCCCCUGCAAACUGCAUUUUCUGUCAGAUUUGUGGAGAUAACCCCAGCGGCACGGAGCUGGUCGUCUCGGCCGAGGACCUGGUGGUGUUCCGAGACAUCAAACCGGCCGCCAAGCACCACUUCCUGGUGGUGUCGAGGCAGCACAUUCGCGACGCCAAGGCGAUGACGUCGGAGCACAAGCCCCUGCUGCAGAGGAUGGUCAGCGUGGCAGAGCAAGUGCUCCGGGACCACGACGCCGACAUGACGGACUACCGGCUCGGCUUCCACUGGCCGCCUUUCCACUCCAUUUCCCACCUCCACCUCCACGCCAUCUCGCCCACCGCGGACAUGGGCUUCAUGGCGCGACUCAUAUUCAAACCGAACACCUGGUGGUUUGUGCCACCCGAGUAUGUCAUGUCUCGACUUUGAUCUUUACUUCUAGUGCUGAAUGUUAAUGUG